AGUCGAUAGCAGAUCGGAUCGAUGUGCUUCACAGCGCGUGCAGAUGCAGCGUCAUUCUGCUCCGAUGUUUGAAUGAAAGUCGGUGGAAACGGGUCCGUGCGCGCGGAAGUUUAAACCGGAUUCUCUCUCUCUUACACACACACACAGACGGACACACCAUGCCUGUAUUUACCGUGAAUGUGAAGUGGGGUAAGGAGAAGUUUGAGGAGGUGGAGCUGAACACUGAGGAACCCCCGAUGGUGUUUAAAGCCCAGCUGUUCGCGCUGACCGGAGUUCAGCCGGAUCGACAGAAGGUCAUGGUCAAGGGAGGAACGCUAAAGGAUGAAGAGUGGGGGAACAUCAAGAUCAAAAGCGGAAUGACGUUCCUGAUGAUGGGAUCAGCAGAUGCUUUGCCUGAGGAGCCGUCCGUCCGGCCGAUGUUUGUGGAGGACAUGACUGAGGAGCAGCUCGCUUCAGCUAUGGAGUUACCGUGUGGACUGACGAAUUUGGGGAACACCUGCUACAUGAACGCUACGGUGCAGUGUCUCCGCUCAGUGCCUGAACUCAGAACUUCUCUCAAGAAGUAUUCUGGUGCGUUGAGAUCCUCUGGAGCGGGCGCACCAUCUCAAUACAUCACAGCAGCUUUGCGUGACCUGUACGAGUCGAUGGAUAAAACUUCUUCCAGUAUUCCUCCCAUCAUCCUGCUGCAAUUCCUGCACAUGGCCUUCCCUCAGUUCGCUGAGAAAGGAGACCAGGGACAGUACCUACAGCAGGAUGCCAAUGAGUGCUGGGUCCAGUUGAUGCGUGUUCUCCAGCAGAAAUUAGAACCUCAAGAACCUGAAACUCCCAUGGAGACAGGUGACGUUGACGGCGGAGCUGCAGCUUCAUCCGCAAAAAAGAACUUCAUUGACCAGUUUUUUGGGUUGGAGUUCGACACUACAAUGAAGUGCACAGAGUCCGAGGACGAGGAACCCACCAAAGGUACAGAGAGCCAACUGCAGCUCAGCUGCUUCAUCAACCAGGAGGUCAAAUAUCUGGCAACCGGCCUUAGAUUGAGACUUCAAGAGGAACUAACGAAAUUUUCUCCACGUCUACAGCGAGACGCUCUCUAUUCGAAAACGUCUAAAAUCAGUCGUCUCCCGGCGUAUCUUACUGUUCAGAUGGUUCGCUUCUUCUACAAAGAGAAGGAGUCUGUUAACGCCAAAGUCCUCAAGGACGUGAAGUUCCCCCUCAUGCUGGACGUGUAUGAGCUGUGCACUGCUGAGCUGCAGGAAAAAAUGGUGUCUGUGAGGUCCAAGUUCAAGGACAUGGAGGACAAAAAGCUGGAGAAACAGCAGCAGAAGAUCAAUAAGACGGUUGAGGCUCCAAAAGAAGUGAAAUACGAAGACUUUUCAUUUCCUGACGAUCUGGGCUCCAAUAAUAGCGGUUACUACGACCUGCAGGCUGUUCUGACACAUCAGGGCCGCUCUAGCUCCUCUGGGCAUUACCUCGCCUGGGUCAAGAGGAAAGAAGAUGAGUGGGUGAAGUUUGAUGACGAUAAGGUGAGCGUGGUCACGCCGGAGGACAUCCUGAAGCUGUCGGGAGGCGGAGACUGGCACAUCGCCUACGUGCUGGUUUAUGGGCCGCGGCGUCUCGAAGUCAUGGAAGAAGAGCAGAAACAAUAACACACACACACAUGUUCUUUACCGCCAUCUCCGAGCACUGUCUGCGUAAGAUGUGCAAUAAACCCUGGUGUCUUUCAAACCCCA